UAUCGUUUCUAUCUCCGACGCUCGCCGUGUUUAUCAGAGUUUCAUGUGAAAACCCAAAGGAACCAAAAAAAUUAAGUGUUAAAGAGUCUUCUAGAAAAGGGUCCCCAUGAGGUAUUGAGGUGGGGUGGUGGACUCUGUUACUCAGAAAUUGAGAUUUCUUUGUAAAACUCAAAAUUUGGCGCUUUUAAGUUUCCUUUUUGUAAAAUUCGCUUUUACAAAAGAUUUGCCUUUAGCGUUUUCUCUUUGUUUUCUAGAGUACGAUAGUGAUGUGUAGUGUAGCCAGUAGCCGUGUAGGUAAAUACUUAAGGUAUAUUGAAUAGGCUGUUCUAGGAGAUCGCAUCGAAAUCAGCUCAAAUUCGCGACUUUUCAAUCAGUAUUUUUUUCAAAUCUAUGUCUUGAAGCUUUAAUUCUGAUCGAUUUUGGGCCAAGGGUUUGCAUAAAGCUGUAAUCUUUCUGCUUUUAAUUGAACGUUUGAUGAAAUAAGAAUCAAUAGAUAUGAACAAUGGUAAUGGUUAUCUAGAACAGGAGUUGUUUACUUCUCUGGGUGAUUUUGCUUUCAGUGUUCUUCGUGUAUUUAACGUUGAAAGAGGAAAAGUUGCAGAGGCAAAUGCUAUGUAUUGUUUCUGCAUUAUUUGCCCCAAUCUCCUUUUAGCGUUAAAAAUGCAUAAAUAUUUUUAGGUGUGUGAGAACGGAGAUUAUGGAAUGUUUUUUUUGGUUUGUCCUCCUGUUGUAGAGUGUCAAGUGGUUUUCAUAUUGACGUCAGUCAUAUAAUACGUUUUGCUCGCAAUUGGAUCAAUGUGGAGAUAACAGUUUUCAUUUCCCCCCUUAGUUUUAAUCAGCUCAAGCUUGUCACUAUCUUUGCUUGUUUGAUCUUAUAGAGUUGGAUACCUUAUUCUAUCCUGAAAGCUAAAUCAUGGCACAGUGUUUUUUUCGUAGGAUUUUUUUUGUGGUAAGUGUUCAUAAGGAACACAUGAGAGUUCAUCAACUGUAUGCAUAUGAUCAGCUGUUUUGAAUACUUUUAUCUGUUUUGCAUACUUCCAUUCAAGUGUAUCAAUUAAUCAAAUAUAACGAAGUAAAGAGACCAAAGGGCAAAGGUUGGGUCAUAAGCAGACAUUUCAACCUUCUGUCAUCCUCUUAUUUGCUGGUAUUGGUUGGAUGUUUUAGCGAAUAUCGGCUUAAUUGCCAAACAGUGAAUGGUGCUUAUCAUGCUUCUGAGCUGCAUACUCUAGGUGAAGUUAUUAGACAUAAAGGGGAAUGAAAGGGAAGAUGCUUCUAUAUUUCUUUCUUGAAGAUAUUAUUCAGUUCAAUGGUAUUGGGGAUACUUGUGCUAAUAAGGAGGAGAUCUAAUGCCUCUCCAGUGCUGAAACAAAUACUUCAUGGCUGUGGAAAUGUUUGAAGUUAUAAUGGGCAUAAGAGAUUUACAUAGCUCUGCAGUGGUGUUGAGAGUAGGCUACAAAUUAACUACUCAUGAAGUGCCAGCCUGCUUACUUGUCAACUUAUUCUCGGGCCAUUGAUACCAUCCGGUUCAAGACAAACAUCAAUGCUUUGAAAAAUGCGCUCAAUGGCCUUAUGGAAGUUCAGAACAAAGUGAAUAAAGACCUCAAAACAUUAGAAAUCAAAGGGAAAUCUUUGCAUGUGCAACUGAGGAGAUGGCUAAGAGAUGUGGAAGAGAUUGUCUCAGAAGCAAAUUCAAUGCAGGAAAAGCGUGUUUCAUGUGCUCCGUUCUUAAAAUGCAGGCUGAGCAAAAAACUUGUGGUAAUUCUUGAGAAAGUCAGGAGACUUGAAAAGCAAGGGGUAGAGCUUCUCGACAUAUUCUCUGUGGAAGGUAAAUCUGAACUAGUUGAAAAAAUUCUUGGACCCUCGAUUCCUGAUCAAACAAUAGCAUCAGAGAUGUUAGACAAAAUUCUAAGCUGUUUAAUGAGCGAUAAGGUUCAGAAGAUUGGUGUUUGGGGUAUGGGUGGAGUCGGGAAAACGACAAUAGUCAGAGAACUGAACAAUAAGCUAUGGAAAGAGGCUGCUACACAGCCUUUUGGUAUGGUGAUAUGGGCUACAGUUUCCAAAGAGUUUGAAGUGGGAAGGGUCCAGAAGCAAAUCGCCGAGAGGUUGGAUAUAGAAAUCAAAUUGGGUGAAAACGAGGAGAAACUAGCGAGACGGAUUUAUGGAAGGCUUGAGAAAGUAAGUAGCUUUCUUCUCAUUCUUGAUGAUGUCUGGAAACCCAUUGAUUUAGACCAGUUGGGGAUUCCAAAAACAGAUGAACACAUCUGUUCAAAGAUUGUGUUGACUUCAAGAUUUUUAGAGGUUUGCCAGAGUAUAAAAACGGAUAUUGACUUCAGAGUGGAUUGCUUAUGUGAAGAAGAAGCCUGGGAAUUGUUUUGUCAAAACGCUGGAGAAGUUACCAGAUCAGAACGUGUUAGACCCAUCGCAAAAAAAGUUUCUCGGGAAUGUGGUGGGUUGCCUUUGGCUAUCAUCACAGUUGGAAUGGCUAUGCGGGGGAAGAAGGUGGUCAAGCUGUGGAAACAUGCCCUUAAGGAACUCAAGAGUUCGGUGCCUUAUGUCAAGAGUAUUGAAGAAAAGAUCUACCAGCCUUUAAAAUUGAGCUACGACUUGCUCGAGCCAAAGAUGAAAUCUUGCCUCCUCUUUUGUGCCUUAUUUCCAGAGGAUUACUCAAUUGAAGUAGCUGAUCUUGUAAGGUGCUGGAUUGCCGAAGGGUUUAUAGAUGAAACACAAAACCAUGGGUAUUUAAUGAAUCAAGGAAUUACUUUGGUUGAAAGUCUGAAAGACUCUUGCUUGCUAGAAGAGGGUGUUCGUGAUGACACAGUUAAAAUGCAUGAUGUGGUUCGUGAUUUUGCGAUAUGGGUCAUGUCUUCCUCGCAAGAUGAUAGUCAUUCUCUUGUCAUGUCUGGAAUAGGCUUGCGAGAGUUUCCACAAGAGAAGUUUGUUCCUUCUAUCCGAAGGGUUUCUUUGAUGAACAAUAAACUUAAACGGCUCCCGGAUAAGGUGGUUGAGUGUGUUGAACUCUCGGCAUUACUGUUACAAGGAAACUUUCACCUUGAGGAAUUACCAGCAGGGUUCUUGCCAUCUUUUCCAGCACUUCGGAUUCUGAAUCUAAGUGGGACACGCAUAAGAUCAUUACCUCUCUCCCUCAGCAAGCUUCAUGAGCUUCGGUCUCUCAUCUUGAAAGACUGCUACUACCUUGAAGAAGUUCCUUCCCUUGAAGGCCUUACCAAAAUUCAAGUUCUGGAUCUCUGUGCCACCCCUAUUAGGGAUUCGCCAAGAGGAUUGGAAACUUUGAACAGCUUGAGACUACUUGACCUCUCCCGAACACAUCACCUCGAAAGCAUACCAGCGGGAAUCAUCCCACAGUUAUCAAGUUUAGAGGUUCUAGACAUGACGCUUAGUCAUUUCCACUGGGGCGUUCAAGGACAAACUCAGGAAGGUCAAGCAACACUUGAAGAGAUUGCGUGUCUCCAUCGUUUAUCGGUUCUCUCCAUCAGGGUCGUAUGUGUUCCACCUCUUUCCCCUGAAUACAAUUCUUGGAUAGAAAGGUUGAAGAAAUUCCAGUUGUUUAUUGGCCCAACAGCAAACUCCUUACCUAGUAGACAUGACAAGAGGAGAGUAACAAUAAGUAGUCUCAAUGUUUCAGAGGCAUUCAUAGGGUGGUUGCUAGCAAAUACAACCUCCCUAGUGAUGAACCAUUGUUGGGGUCUCAAUGAGAUGCUGGAGAACUUGGUAAUUGAUAGCACAAAUAGCUUCAACGUUUUGAGGUCUCUAACGGUUGAAGGUUUUGGUGGAAGUAUAAGGCCUGCUGGUGGAUGUGUAGCGCAGCUGGAUCUUUUACCUAACCUCGAAGAACUUCAUCUGCGUCGUGUGAAUCUAGAAACCAUUAGAGAGCUCGUGGGUCAUCUGGGGUUGAGAUUUCAGACACUGAAACAUUUAGAGGUCAGCAGAUGUAGCCGGCUCAAAUGCCUUCUCUCAUUAGGGAACUUCAUCUGUUUCUUGCCCAACCUACUAGAGAUACAUGUUAGUUUUUGUGAUAGGCUUGAGGAGCUAUUUGACUAUUCUCCAGGAGAAGUUCCAGCCUCCACUGAACCUGUGGUACCUGCCCUGCGUGUCAUAAAGCUGAUGAAUCUUCCGCGGCUGAGGAGAGUAUGUAGCCAAGAAGAAUCAUGGGUAAGCUUAGAACAUGUGGAGGUGAUAAGAUGCAAUCGUCUCAUGAAUCUACCCAUUACGUCAAACAACGCCCAUAGAGUCAAAGAAGUAAGAGGGGAAACACACUGGUGGAACAACUUAAUUUGGGACGAUAACACUACAAGAGAAACCCUUCAACCUCGUUUCUUACCAGCUGAUGGAAAUAAACUAAAGAACUCUCUCGGAAUCUCUUGUUAGCAGAUCAAUUAAUCAAAAUCUCAUGGCCAGUUGAAGAGCUUUUGUAGCUACAAUUUAAUCAUGGACUUGCGGAAGCUUAAAUGGAUAAUAGUUAGCUAAAGCUUUCUCCAGUUGUCCAAAGAAUGUAACUUCAUUUAUGUGUCAUGAAACCGGUUGCUACAGUAAUAUA